CCCACGCGGCCCGCUCUCCGCGCGACAACCCCGUCGGGGUCCGUGUCCUGUGUCGGCGGCCGGACCCGGGCCCGAGCAGUAGCUGGCGCCAUGUCGGUGGUGGGUAUAGACCUGGGUUUCCAGAGUUGCUACGUCGCUGUGGCCCGUGCCGGUGGCAUCGAGACGAUCGCUAAUGAGUAUAGCGACCGCUGCACUCCGGCUUGUAUUUCUUUUGGUCCUAAGAAUCGUUCGAUUGGAGCAGCAGCUAAGAGCCAGGUGAUUUCCAAUGCAAAGAACACAGUCCAAGGAUUUAAAAGAUUCCAUGGACGAGCAUUCUCUGAUCCGUUUGUGGAAGCAGAAAAAUCUAAUCUACCAUAUGAUAUUGUUCAGUUGUCCACUGGAUUACAGGUGACUUACAUGGAAGAAGAGCGGAAUUUUACCACUGAGCAAGUAACUGCCAUGCUUUUGUCCAAACUGAAAGAGACAGCAGAAAGUGUUCUUAAGAAGCCUGUUGUUGAUUGUGUUGUUUCGGUUCCUUGUUUCUAUACUGAUGCAGAAAGGCGAUCAGUGAUGGAUGCAACACAGAUUGCUGGUCUUAAUUGCCUUCGAUUAAUGAAUGAAACUACUGCAGUUGCUCUUGCAUACGGAAUCUAUAAGCAAGAUCUUCCUGCCUUAGAAGAGAAGCCAAGAAAUGUAGUUUUUGUAGACAUGGGGCAUUCUGCUUAUCAAGUGUCUGUAUGUGCAUUUAAUAGAGGAAAACUGAAAGUUUUGGCUACAGCAUUUGACACAACACUGGGAGGCAGAAAAUUUGAUGAGGUGUUAGUAAAUCACUUCUGUGAAGAAUUUGGGAAGAAAUAUAAGCUAGAUAUAAAGUCUAAAAUUCGUGCAUUAUUACGACUGUCGCAAGAGUGUGAGAAACUCAAGAAAUUGAUGAGUGCAAAUGCUUCAGACCUACCUUUGAGCAUUGAAUGUUUUAUGAAUGAUGUUGAUGUAUCUGGAACUAUGAAUAGAGGCAAAUUUCUGGAAAUGUGUGAUGAUCUCUUAGCUAGAGUGGAGCCACCACUUCGUAGUGUCUUGGAACAAGCCAAAUUAAAGAAAGAAGAUAUAUAUGCAGUAGAGAUAGUUGGUGGUGCUACACGAAUCCCUGCAGUGAAAGAGAAGAUAAGCAAAUUUUUUGGUAAAGAACUUAGUACAACAUUAAAUGCUGAUGAAGCUGUUACUCGAGGCUGUGCAUUGCAGUGUGCAAUCUUGUCGCCUGCUUUCAAAGUCAGAGAAUUUUCUAUUACUGAUGUGGUAGCAUAUCCCAUAUCUCUGAGAUGGAAUUCUCCAGCUGAAGAAGGGUCAAGUGACUGUGAAGUCUUCUCAAAAAAUCAUGCUGCUCCUUUCUCUAAAGUCCUCACAUUUUAUAGAAAGGAACCUUUCACUCUUGAGGCCUAUUAUAGCUCUCCUCAGGAUUUGCCCUAUCCAGAUCCUGCUAUAGCUCAGUUUUCAGUUCAGAAAGUCACUCCCCAGUCUGAUGGCUCCAGUUCAAAAGUGAAAGUCAAGGUUCGAGUAAACGUCCAUGGCAUUUUCAGUGUGUCCAGUGCAUCCCUAGUGGAAGUGCACAAAUCUGAGGAAAAUGAGGAACCAAUGGAAACAGAUCAAAAUGCAAAGGAGGAAGAGAAGAUGCAAGUGGACCAGGAGGAACCACAUGUUGAAGAGCAACAACAGCAGACACAAGCAGAAAACAAGGCAGAGUCUGAAGAAAUGGAGACCUCUCAAGCUGGAUCAAAAGACAAAAAGAUGGACCAACCACCUCAAGCCAAGAAGGCAAAAGUGAAGACCAGUACAGUGGACUUGCCAAUUGAGAAUCAGCUAUUAUGGCAGAUAGACCGAGAAAUGCUCAACUUGUACAUCGAAAAUGAGGGUAAGAUGAUCAUGCAGGAUAAACUGGAGAAAGAACGGAAUGAUGCUAAGAAUGCAGUGGAAGAAUAUGUGUAUGAAAUGAGAGACAAGCUUAGUGGUGAAUAUGAGAAGUUUGUGAAUGAAGAUGAUCGUAACAGUUUUACCUUAAAACUAGAAGAUACUGAAAAUUGGUUGUAUGAAGAUGGAGAAGACCAGCCAAAGCAAGUUUAUGUAGAUAAAUUGGCUGAAUUAAAAAAUUUAGGUCAGCCUAUUAAGACACGGUUCCAGGAAUCUGAAGAAAGACCAAAGUUAUUUGAAGAACUAGGGAAACAAAUCCAACAGUACAUGAAAGUAAUCAGCUCUUUCAAAAACAAGGAGGACCAGUUUGACCAUUUGGAUGCUGCUGAUGUGACAAAGGUAGAAAAAAGCACGAAUGAAGCAAUGGAGUGGAUGAAUAACAAGCUGAAUCUGCAGAACAAGCAGAGUCUGACCAUGGAUCCAGUUGUUAAGACAAAAGAAAUUGAAGCUAAAAUUAAGGAGCUGACUAGUAUUUGUAGUCCUAUAAUUUCAAAGCCCAAACCCAAAGUGGAACCUCCAAAAGAGGAGCAAAAAAAUGCAGAGCAGAAUGGACCAGUGGAUGGACAAGGAAACAGCCCAGGCCCUCAGGCUGCUGAGCAGGGUGCAGACAUAGCUGUGCCUUCAGAUGCAGACAAGAAGCUUCCUGAGAUGGACAUUGAUUGAUUACAACACUUCUUUAUAUUAAAACAGACUAUUAUAAAGCUUUAAGUUGUCAACUUUGUUCUAAAUAUCAACUAGAGCAAGUGAAUACUGGAGAUUUCUUAGUCAGUUUUUAGGGGAUCUUGGGGGGUGGGGAAUAUAGGUAAUGUAUCAAGCAUUUUGACUUCUAAAUAGUUAGAUACAGAAAUUAAGUGCAUUGUAUCUCUUUUCAUAAUGGUACUAUUUAGAAGCCCAGUUAGUUUUACUGAGCUUAUGCUUCACUCCUUUUUUGUUUAAUUAUGCUUCUACAAGAAUUAUUAUUUUUUAAAGAAAGCUAAGCUGUAGCAAAACUAUGACUAGCUAUCAAGAAGGCUUUUCAUUAUGACAUACACAGUAGGAGCUUGAUGUAUGCUUCAAAAAUCUUUUGCAGAGAUUGCCACCAAGGCUGCAUGCCUGGUGUGGGGAUGGGGGGUGACUGCCUGUGUUUCUGAGUGUUAGAACAUGCUCUGGCAUGGAUUAACAUAGGAGAGCAGCACAGGUAUGCUCUGAGCAUCUGAACACUUCACCCCCACUCCAGCCCUGUUCUCUCCUUCCUCCACCAGCAAAUGAGCUCUCAUUGUAAAUGCCAUGUGCUACUCUUGGGAAUGUAGACCCCCUCUUUUGGAGCAAGUUGUAAACUGAGCAUUUUAGACUUGGGAGCACUUCAAGCUAUGUUCACUAAUAGCCCAAGCAUCAAAAUCUUCAAAACGUUUUGAGAAGAUUAGAAUUGGGGGUAGGUAUACUGGUGGGAUAUAGGCAUGGUAAAUCUGAGAAAUCCAUCCUUGUUCAUUAUGGUGUAAAGAUUUGUAUCCUGGCCUGUUUGUUCAGGUGGGAGAUGUUUUGUGUAAAUUUAAGAUUUAGCUUGAACUCUUAGAAUAAAGAGUUAAAAGUUCUUUUUUAGUUCAUUCACAAUCACUUGUCUUUUAAGUGUUAGUAUCUGUCAUGAAUCUGCUAAUUUGUACUUACACAGCUGACAGAUCAUAAAAAACUAAGAUGCACUGGAUUGUAUGGGAUGAGUCUGAAAUUAGUGUUAAAGAAAAGUGGUGCCCAACAAUACAGCAACAGCCUAUUCUUAAAUGUGCAGCCAGUGUCAGGUGUACCAAAGUGUUCCUUGGACUGCUCUUAGAGGCAUAUUGAUAGCAGGGAAGCAUUUUGGAAACUUUAAGGGAAGUCUGUAUUAGAGGCCAGAGCUGGUUACUUGCCUUAGAAACUUGUUACAAGCUUUGUUGAUUGUGUUUUUGAUCUUUGUAAUAACUGAUACUCUGUGUAACAGAGUGCCUCUCUGUUUUGGCCUAUGUUGGAAAUAAUCUUAUACCUUCCAUAGAACUAAGUUUUUGUCCAUCUACACAGAAAGUGUUUAGAGUGUAACACUCUUAAGUGCUAUAUAGACAGUUCCUUGGAGAGGAGGCAGGGGAGCAUGUUUGUGGUGUGAAAGCCAUGAUGGAAGCUUCCCUAGCCAUAGACUUUGUGCCGUAGACCUAGUGUGUCCUCUCUUCUCUCCCUGUUGUGUGUGCUUCAGAACUUCCAGCUGGCCUGCCACGAGGCCAAUAGCUAUUUGAAAUGCUGGCUGCAGGAUUAAGCUAACUCUUAUGCAACUGACUCAGUCCUUAAUGGCCAUUUCUU